AUGUCGAGCGACAGUGAAGGUUUCGACGAGGAUGAGCUGUUGCAGAUGGCAUUGAAAGAGCAAGCACAGCGCAAUGUUAAUUACCAAAAACACACCAAAACAUCUUCCAAGCCCGUCCGAAACUACGUUCAGCCGCCUUCCAAUCGGGCUCCAGUCCCCGUGAAAAAUCCCAACCCGGUUCAGCAACCGAAGAAAGGGAUCGCUCACCAGCAGCAGAAGAAGGGGGCUGUGGAAGAGGACGAUGAUUCGGAGGUGGAAAUGCUAAGUAUAUCUUCCGGAGAUGAGGAUGAUCGUGGGAUCGGGGUGAAAAACCGGGCCGGGAGAGGACGGGAUGAUGAUAAAGGGUGGGAUGGAGAAGAGCCUAAUUGCUGGAAGCACGUGGAUGAAACUGAGCUUUCUCGGAGGGUUCGUGAGAUGAGGGAAAGCAAAACAGUUCCAAUGGCUCAAAAGUCUGAGCAGAAGCCAUCAGCAUUGGGUAAAAAGGGACUAAGCAAUAUGCAGUCACUUCCCCGAGGAAUGGAAUGGGUAGAUCCACUAGGACUGGGGCUAAUUAACCACAAAACAUUUAGGUUGAUCAGUGAUAGCGUAGCUAGUUCUCCGUCCUUGGCUGAUAAUGAACCUCUUGAUUCGAAUGCACGAGAGAAAUUAAAUUAUUAUUCAGAGAAGUUCGAUGCAAAGCUUUUUCUGUCCCGAGUACACCUAGAUACCAGUGCAGCAGAUUUGGAAGCUGGCGCUCUUUCUUUAAAGAAUGAUCUUAAAGGAAGAACUCAACAGAAGAAGCAGUUGGUCAAAGAAAAUUUUGAUUGCUUUGUCUCUUGCAAAACUACAAUUGAUGAUAUCGAGUCAAAAUUGAAACGAAUUGAGGAAGACCCUGAAGGCUCUGGAACUUCUCACUUACUUAACUGUAUCCAAGGUGUCAGUUCACUUUCUAAUCGUGCUUUUGAACCUCUAUUUGAAAGACAGGCACAAGCAGAGAAGAUCAGGUCUGUCCAAGGAAUGCUUCAGAGGUUCAGGACCCUAUUCAACUUGCCCAGUGCAAUUCGUGGAAACAUUAGCAAGGGUGAAUAUGAUUUGGCUGUGAGAGAAUACAGGAAAGCGAAGUCCAUUGUACUGCCUUCUCAUGUGGGAAUUCUAAAACGUGUUCUCGAGGAGGUUGAAAAAGUAAUGCAAGAAUUUAAAGGCAUGCUUUACAAGUCCAUGGAAGAUCCAAACAUUGACCUAACAAAUCUUGAAAAUAUUGUGAGGCUUUUGUUGGAGCUUGAACCUGAAUCAGAUCCCGUAUGGCACUACCUGAAUAUACAGAAUCAAAGAAUAAGAGGUUUGCUUGAAAAAUGUACUUUAGAUCAUGAAGCACAAAUGGAGAAUUUGCAUAAUGAGAUCCGUGAGAAAGCACUAUCUGAUGCAAAGUGGAGGCAAAUUCAGCAAGAAAUAAAUCAAUCUUCAGAUGUGGAUUACUCUCUUACUCUUGGAAACUCCCAUCUAUCUGGUGAUCCACUUCCUGAAGAAGUGACUAGUGAAGCAGUUGAUGCUCUAAGAGGAAGAUAUAUACGCCGGUUAACUGCUGUGCUUGUCCACCACGUACCAGCCUUCUGGAAAGUCGCACUUGCUGUUUCCAGUGGAAAAUUUGCAAAGUCUUCCCAAGUAUCUGCUGAUUUAAAUGCCAAUAACUAUGUGAAUAAAGCUGAGGAGAAAGAUGGGAAGUCCUCAGGUCAUUCUCUUAAUGAAGUUACUGGAAUGAUACAUAAUACUCUAUCAGCAUAUGAAUCCAAGGUCCAAAACACCUUUAGUGAUCUUGAAGAAUCCAAUGUUCUUCAUCCAUACAUGAGUGAUGCUAUAAAGGAAAUAUCCAGAGCAUGCCAAGCUUUUGAAGGAAAAGAAUCAGCACCUCCAAUUGCUGUCACUGUACUGCAUGCGAUUGAAUCGGAAAUCACAAAAAUUUACACAUUAAGGCUUUGUUCAUGGAUGCGGACUUCAACAGAGGACAUAACGAAAGAUGAAUCUUGGGUCCCAGUCUCCAUUUUAGAAAGGAAUAAAUCUCCAUACACAAUCUCUUCUUUGCCUCUGGCAUUCCGUGCAAUUAUGAUCUCCGCAAUGGAUCAGAUCAACUUGAUGAUCCAGUCAUUAAGAAGUGAAUCUACAAAGUCGGAAGAUAUUUUUGCACAGCUUCAAGAAAUUCAAGAAUCUGUCAGGGUUGCCUUUUUGAACUGUUUAUUGGAUUUUGUUGGUCAUCUGGAACACAUUGGUGCCGAGCUCACCCAGAAUAGAUUGGACGGAGAAAGUCCACAUUUCCAAAAUGGAUAUGCUCAUGAAGUACUGGAAAAAUCAUUUGAUCCUCUUACUGGAAGCAUUGUUGAUCCACAUCAACAGCUGCUAAUGGUCUUGAGUAAUAUUGGAUACUGCAAAGACGAACUUGCUCGUGAAUUAUACGACAAAUACAAACAUAUUUGGCUGCAAUCUAGAGGAAAAGCUGAAGAGGACAGUGACAUGCAAGAUUUGUUUACAUCUUUCUCUGGGCUUGAAGAGAAGGUCCUCGCGCAGUAUACUCUUGCUAAGACAAAUAUGAUUAGAACGGCUGCAGUAAACUACUUGUUGGAUGCUGGAGUGCAAUGGGGAUCAGCACCUGCUGUUAAAGGAGUCCGAGAUUCAUCUGUGGAGCUACUGCAUUCUCUAGUAGCUGUGCAUGCAGAGGUUUUUGGUGGUUGUAAGCCUCAAUUGGAUAAGAUUCUUGGUAUUCUUGUUGAAGGCCUCAUUGAUACUUUUCUUGGUCUUUUCCACGAAUAUGAAACCAAAAACCUUAAGGCAUUGGACACGAAUGGCUUUUGUCAGCUCAUGCUCGAGCUUGAAUAUUUCGAGACCAUAUUGAAUCCGUACUUUACUCGCGAUGCAAGGGAAUCUCUUAAGUCUUUACAAGGCGUUUUGUUGGAGAAAGCUACAGAAAGCGUGACAGAGUCUGUAGAGACUCCAAGUCAUCAGCGACGGCCUACCCGUGGAAGUGACGACGUGCUUGCGGAUGAUAGACAAACAGGAAUGAAUGUAUCACCAGAUGACUUGAUUGCUCUUGCCCAGCAGUAUAGUUCUGAACUACUUGAAGCCGAACUUGAAAGAACACGAAUUAACAAAGCAUGCUUUAUGGAGUCGAUACCACUAGACGUGGUUCCAGAAUCAGCCAAAGCAGCAUAUGCUUCUUUCAAAGGGUCAAUGGAUUCUCCCAGCAUGAGCUUUCGAGGACCACAAUCUUUUGGUUCCCCAAGUUUCUCUAGGCAGAGGCGUAGAUAG